GACCGAAUAAGGAAGCUGAAAGAUUAGUUUCAGGUUAGUUUUUAAUUUGAAGCAGACGAAGGCUGCGUGUGUGCAGAGUCCUCGCGUGGGGAAAGUCACCACCGCCUGUGACAUCAGUGUGAUGUAGUUGCUGCUGUAGUUUCUUGAGGAAAGAGAAAAGAGGAAGCAGUUCCGCCCAGAAGCUGACUGCAGGCCGACGAGAAAAGAGCCGAAAGAAGAAAAGAAAAGGCGACGGCGACUCGCUUCAGCCCGCUUUCAGGCCGAACUCAGCAGAAACCCGUCGGUGCGUGUUUUUGUGCUGCGUGGACAGCGGAACUCCGUCAGGACUUUGCUUUACAGUGAGCAGGCUUACUGCGAGAGCGGGAUCUAACGCGCCCGUGAGGUCCUGCUGUGAGCUCGGAGACGGUCUGGUCCGGACCAAAGAGCCGAACAUGAGUGGAGACGAGGAAAGAUUCAAACUGGUGGUUGUGGGGGGAGGAGGAGUGGGAAAGAGCGCCCUUACCAUCCAGUUCAUCCAGUCGUACUUUGUGUCCGACUACGACCCCACCAUUGAAGACUCCUACACCAAGAUCUGUACCGUGGAUGGAAAGGAGACCCGGCUUGACAUCUUGGAUACAGCAGGUCAGGAGGAGUUUGGUGCGAUGAGGGAGCAGUACAUGCGGUCUGGAGAAGGCUUUUUACUGGUGUUUGCACUCAAUGACCGCGGCAGGUACGUGUGUGUGAUGUUUGUUUGUAUGUCUCUUGUAUAGAGUGCUAUAAAGUUAUACUCUAGAGCUAUGUACA